AAGCUGAACGCCGAACGCCGCCGCCGCUGCUGGAGAAAGCUGAACGCCGAACGCCGCCGCCGCUGCUGCGAAACGCCAAACGCCGCCGCCGUCGCUGGAGAAGGUCCCUCCCACCACCGCCGCUGGACGUCUGCUCCCGUGAAGCUGCUCCGGCACCGCCGCACCGCGCUUGGCCACUAUUCAGGUGAGUAACUGCAGAUCUGCCAGAAUCUCAAUUGGUCGUCCCUUUCUCCGACGCCGUCACCGCUGCUGUCCGGGUGAUUCUUAAUUUGUGAGGAAGAAAGGAAGAAGUCAACGAGAAUAAGAAAAAACAAAAAUGAGUGAAAAUCGUGAGUGGAUGUAUCGACGUUUUCUACCUGAUGGAGCUUUGAAUCCCGAUUUUCAAAGAGGUCUUCAAGGUUUCAUUGACUACGCUAGCAGUAGACGAGAUUUAAUGGAUGGGGAAAAAAUUAGGUGUCCGUGUAGGAAAUGCGAUAAUAUACGUUUCCAUACUAAAAACAAUGUCCAGUAUCACAUAGCAAAGAACGGAUUUGUGCGGGAUUACCAUAUUUGGAGGUUUCAUGGGGAAAUUGAAAUGCCGACGACUGAAUAUCAUAACUUUGAAGAUAUUGAGGAUAAUGAAGAUAAUUAUCAGAAUAUGGUUAUGGAUAUUGCUGCAUCCCAAUAUAACAUUCAAAACAUCGAAGAACCCCCAAAUCCGAAAGCAGAAUUGUUAUAUAAUAUGUUGAAAGCUGCGGAUAAAGAGUUGUGGCCCGGUUGCAAAACUCAUUCACAGUUGUCUCUCGUUGCUCGUGUAAUGAGUUUAAAAGCAGAGGGGAAUAUGUCUGAAAGAUGUUUUGAUCAGUGGCUUGAUUUAAUAAAAGAGAUCCUUCCUGAAAAUAAUUUGGCUCCUACUAGUUUUUAUGAGACUAAAAAGUUAUUGAGUGGGAUGGGACUACCUGUGCAAAGAAUUGAUUGUUGUCCAAAUAAUUGCAUGCUUUAUUGGGAGGAUGAUAGGGAUUUGGUUCAGUGUAAGUACUGUGGCGAGUCUCGUUAUAAAAAUAAUCGAGACUCCAGAAGCAGUAGAAAGACAUUGGUAGCAGCAAAGCGAAUGUUCUACUUCCCUUUAACUCCACGUUUGCAAAGAUUAUUUGCUUCUAAAGCCACGGCAGCAGACAUGCGUUGGCAUGCAUCAUCAAUAGAUGACGGGGUUAUGCGCCAUCCUGCAGACUCACCUACUUGGAAGCAUUUGAAUGAUAUCUUUCCUGAUUUUGCAACAGAGGUGAGGAAUGUUAGGUUAGGUUUAUCCACAGACGGUUUCCAACCUUUUGGUCAAUCGGGCCAACAAUAUUCCUCGUGGCCAGUGAUUGUUACACCUUACAAUCUCCCACCCUGGAUGUGUAUGAAGGAACAAUUUAUGUUCCUUACAAUCUUGGUCCCUGGACCACGCAAUCCAAAGGAAAAACUGGAUGUUUUUUUGCAACCAUUGAUUGCAGAGCUUAUACAAUUAUGGAAUGUGGGUGUGCUUACAUAUGAUGUGUCGUUGAAGCAGAAUUUUCAGAUGCGAGCAGCUUUACUGUGGACAAUUAGCGAUUUUCCAGCCUACUCAAUGUUAUCCGGGUGGAGUACGGCUGGAAGAUUAGCUUGUCCACAUUGUAUGGAUGAAACUGAAGCUUUCACUUUAUCACAUAGUGGCAAGCAAUCAUGGUUUGACAACCAUCGAAAAUUUCUACCAAUUAAUCAUCCUUUCCGAAAGGACAAGAAAAGCUUCACCAAAAAUAAGGUGGUUACUGCACAACCACCUCAAGGAAAGUCUGGUCAAGAGAUAUUGGCAGAGAUAGAAUUGAUGGGAUUUGUGAAAGUAACUGGAGAGAAUCAAGAAGCAAUUAACAAGGCAUCAGCUCGUAGGUAUGGCACGGGGUGGAAAAAGCGCAGCAUAUUUUGGGAUUUGCCUUAUUGGAAGUUUCUUUUAAUUCGACACAACUUGGAUGUCAUGCAUGUUGAGAAGAACGUGUUUGAUAAUGUGUUCAAUACAGUGUUGAAUGUUCCGGGAAGGACAAAGGAUACUUCCAAGUCCAGAGAAGAACUUAACACAUACUGUUCUAGGCCUGCUUUGAAGAGAAAUCAAGAGACAAACAAGUACCCAAAAGCUUGUUACACGCUUGACACAAAUGAGAAGAGAGUGUUGUGUGAAUGGGUAAAAACCCUGAGGUUUCCUGACGGUUAUGUAUCAAAUAUGGGGAGAUGUGUUGAUUUGAGUAAGCUGAAGAUGUUUGGGAUGAAGAGUCACGACUGUCAUGUUUUCAUGCAGCGCAUCUUACCAAUUGCUUUCCGUGAAUUGCUUCCCGUCCAUGUAUGGAAUGCAAUCACAGAACUCAGUUUAUUUUUUAAAGACUUGUGCUCCCGGAACAUUCAGAAUGAAGAUAUGUGCAGACUUAAUGACAUGAUCCCUAUCACUUUAUGCAAGCUUGAACGGAUUUUUCCUCCCAGCUUUUUUGAUUCAAUGGAACAUCUGCCCGUCCAUUUAGCUGACGAAGCACGACUUGCAGGCCCUGUACAAUUUCGAUGGAUGUACCCAUUUGAGAGGUACCUGCGAAAGUUGAAAAAUAAUGUGAGGAAUAAAGCUAGGGUAGAAGGAUCUAUUUGCAAUGCAUACAUAGUGGAAGAAGCAUUAUUUUGA